AUGGGGCUUCUGCCAGGUGGAGCCACAGGAGUUAAUGCUCUCCUGGAGACCACGUCCUCUGGCUUCUGCCGUAAGUGCUGCAACAAGAUGGAGAAGAGGGUGGCAAUAUCACCUUUACAGCCCACAAGAGACCUGAAGCCUGUGGCAAGCAACAGCCUGGAUAUAAAGCUUCUGAUCUUGAAAUUAUGGGUGAAUGGUGUGAACGUGGUGAAGGUGGGGCACAAGCAGGUGGUCUCGCUCAUCCGGCAAGGGGGGAAUCACCUGGUGAUGAAAGUUGUUUCCGUCAGCCGCAAGCCAGAGUCAGAAGAAGUUGUUCGGAAGAAGGCUCCGCCGCCUCCCAAGAGAGCGCCCAGCACCACCCUGACGCUGCGGUCCAAGUCCAUGACAGCCGAGCUGGAGGAGCUGGCCUCCAUGCGGAGAAGAAAAGGGGAGAAACUGGAUGAGAUUUUGGCAGCAGCCGAGCCCUCGCUGAGAGCAGACAUUGUCGAAGCAGAUUCUAGGGCAGCCACUGUGAAGCAGCGACCAACAAGCCGGCGCAUCACGCCAGCAGAAAUCAGUUCACUCUUUGAACGCCAGGGUAUGGCAGCACAUUCGGGGGUCCUUGCGGGAGCUGAGAAGCCCCACGUUUCACUACGCAAAGGAAUUCCGCGGACAAAAUCUGUAGGUGAAGACGAGAAACUUGCUGCUUCUUUGCUAGAUGGGAAGUUUCCCCGGAGCACAUCGAUGCAAGACACUGUUAGGGAAGGGCAUGGGAUUCCACCACCACCUCAAACAGCCCCACCCCCGCCUCCUUCUCCAUAUUACUUCGACACAGGCCCCCCGCCAUCCUUCUCACCACCUCCACCCCCAGGAAGAGCUUAUGAUACCAUAAGAUCAAGCUUUAAGCCAAGCCUGGAGGCUAAGCUCCACGGACUCCCACAGGUCAUUAGCGCAGCUGAGAUGUACGAUCAGGCGAGGACUUCCAUUCCUUAUCCUGAAAGGCAGAAGAGGGCCCGAUCCAUGAUAAUCCUACAGGAUUCCUCUCAUCUUCCUGUGGAGCCAACAGAGAUCCCCCGGCCUGGCCCAUCCGCAACCCCUCCAGAGAAGCUGAAGAGGAAGGGGAGAGUGAUUGACAACCCGUAUGCCAACAUGGGUCAGUUCAACGUCAGCCUGUUUGCUCCCACCAAGCCACAGAGGAAGAAGAGUCCUCUCGUUAAGCAGUUACAAGUAGAGGAUGCACAGGAGAGAGCAGCACUGUCCAUCACUGGAGGCUUUACCAGGGAGCCCUCUCCCACGCGCAGGAGCCAUCGCCUGAGUGGCGUGGAGUAUCAGCACCACACGGGCAUUGCUCAGGUCGAAGCCACAAGCAUCCCCUUCGCCACUGCCAUUGCUGGAGUCAUGAAGGACAGAGACCGGCGUCUGGAUGAGAAGCGGAAAUCCACUGUCUUCCUCUCAGUUGGGGCCAUCGAAGGAAGCCCCCCCAGCAGUGACAUGCCAUCCUUACAGCAGUCCAGGUCUAUCGAUGAGCGGUUGUUAGGAAGCCGAGAUGUACUACUGCCUUCCCCUGUCUCAGCUUUAAAGCCAUUAAUUAGCAGCUCAUCCUCAACGUUCAUCCACCCCCUCACAGGAAAGCCCUUGGAUCCAAACUCACCACUGGCGCUUGCGCUGGCCGCAAGGGAACGGGCCCUCUCAACUCAAGUCCCAUCCCGGUCGCCCACCCCGAUCCACAGCCCAGACUCAGACAGAGCAGCACCCCUGUUUGUGGACAUCCAAACCAAAGAACCAGAGAGGGGGGAGUUGGAGAGCUUAGUGUCCCCUGCGUAUUCACCUGGAGGUAAAGGGGCAAUGGGAACGGACUCUGGGACUUUGGCCCCUACUAAGACCCCGUGGGGGACUCCGUCCACACUGAGAAAAGAAACUGAGGCAAGAGCAGAGACACCUGUGAAGGAGGAGAAAAAACAAGAAGACAAGAAGUCCAUGAUUAUUAGUAUAGUGGAUACAUCACAGCAGAAGACUGCUGGCCUUAUCAUGGUUCACGCCACAAGUAAUGGCCAAGACGAGGUAGGACUUGAGGUAAAAGAGGAGAAGCCGGCUGUCCCUGAAGCAUGCACAGAGCCAGCAGAGUCUCCCAAAGCAGAGACCCAGCCCAGCCCCGUGGGGAAGCCUCCGGUCAGUCCAGCCUCUGACAAGACACUGGGACAAGGGAGUUCGGAGGAAGAAGUGGAGCCCUACACGGUUACCCUCCCACCAGCUCAGUUGUCUUCAAGCGAUGAAGAGACCAGGGAGGAGCUGGCCAAGAUAGGGCUGGUGCCUCCACCAGAUGAGUUUGCAAACGGGGUACUCGUCACCACCCCUGGCACACCAGUCAGCCACCUGGCUACGCCUAGCACGCCAUCCAUACCAGCGGCAGCAGUAGCACCUUCUACCACUGGCGGAACACCCUCAGGGAAGCCCUCUGAUGCCCCCGUAGCCCCAGAGUCUGCUGCAGACUCAGGAGUGGAAGAGGUGGACACCAGAAGUUCAAGUGACCAUCACCUGGAGACCACAAGCACCAUCUCUACGGUCUCCAGCAUGUCUACGUUGUCCUCAGAAAGCGGGGAGCCUACUGACACAUACACUUCCUUUGCGGAUGGACAAACUUUUAUACUCGAGAAGCCACCAGUGCCUCCAAAGCCAAAACUCAAGUCCCAGCUCAGCAAGGGGCCAGUUACUUUCAGGGACCCACUUUUGAAGCAGUCUUCGGACAGCGAGCUCAUCUCCCAGCAACAUGCGGCCACUCUGGCAUCAGCCAGCAUUGGCCGGCCACGCUACCUCUUUCAGAGAAGGUCCAAGCUAUGGGGGGACCCCAUGGAGAGCAGGCCGAUCCAUGGGGCUGACGAUGACAAGCCAACUGUGAUCAGUGAGCUAAGUUCCCGACUACAGCAACUGAAUAAGGAUACACGAUCACUGGGGGAGGAACCUGCCGGGUCCACCUUAGAUCCCGGGAAGAAGUCACCGGUGGUCGCGGCACGACUUUUCAGUAGUUUAGGAGAACUCAGCACCAUUUCCCAGCGGAGCUCCGGGACCACCUACACAGUUCGACCUGGCAGUCGCUACCCUGUAACCCGACGUACCCCCAGCCCCGUGAAGCCGGCUCUGGAUCGGACAGAGCCCCUCAGCACCGUGCGGCCCUAUGGUCUGACCCCUCCCACCAUCCUCAAAUCUUCCAGCCUCUCCAUCCCACACGAGCCCAAGGAGGUGCGUUUUGUGGUGAGGAGCGUGAGCGCCCGGAGCCGCUCCCCGUCCCCGUCCCCCUCUCCAGGGCCGCCCCUGCACACCCUCCACCCGCCAAGGCCCUUCAUGCAGAAACCCCUCCACCUGUGGAACAAGUACGACGUCGGGGACUGGCUGGAAAGCAUCAACUUGGUGGAGCACCGAGACAAGUUUGAGGACCAUGAAAUAGAGGGCACACACCUGCCCGCCCUCACCAAGGAGGACUUUGUGGAGUUGGGGGUGACACGGGUCGGGCACCGUAUGAACAUUGAGCGGGCACUCAAGCAGCUGGUAGACAGCUGACCGUCCUAGGCAGCGCUGGCCUCUUCCAGAGCCACCACACGGGGAGGGGGGGGGCGUUUCUACUAGACUAAUAAAACCCAGUUUGAUUCUCUUUC